AUGACCACCCUUUCGCCUCAUGAUUCUGAUAUCAUUGCAAAGCAUCCUUUUAAUGACUCGCUAAAUUCGCUGCGAGGCCCACUUCAGGAGGCAGAGCAAGCAUAUGAUGCCUCAGCUGAUCCUAAGGAUGAAAUCUGUCAAAGGGCAAUAUCAAAACUUCUUUCUUUUUUUCUGGGGCAAGAGAUAGCUGUUGAGCUUCAAUCUAAAAUAAGUAAACACAGUGUGGCUCGUGAGCUUGUAGAUAUCCAUGAAUGCAUUCUCAAGGGUGAUUUCAACUACAACGACUUUCGACUGUUGGCGCGGCUUAUCAUCCAAAAAGCACCAGAUGUUGAUAUUUGGAAGGCUGUUCUUGAUCUCACAGUUACUAUCUCACAAUCAAUUCCUCCACUGACAAGCAUCCCCCGUUUCUUUACUGGCACGCCAGUAAAAACCACCUCAUCAUCACAGAAAGACUCCGAGCAGACACGCGAGUUGGUGAAUAUGAGAAUCUUUGAGGAGAUAUGCGACUGCACAUUUCAGAAUGUUGAGGGCUUCUUCAACAAGUACUUCAAGGGAAAAGACUGGAGUGACAAAGCAGAUGCCAUCUGUCAACAUGUGCUAGCCCCAGACAGUGAUGGGAACUGGGCCCAGUUUCCUGAUCCUCCUAUGCAGAGUGAUGUCCUUACCUGGUGGUUUCAACUUCAAAAACGCCUUCUCUCAGAAUCACGCAGCAUCUACAGCACCACAGUGAGCAAAACAAAUCUUACUGGUUCAAAGGCGGAACGGCAACUUGACCUUCUUCUGAAAGCUAGAAGCACAAGCCUCUCACAAGACAAACAUGACUGGAGAGACAUCCUGGUGAUUGGUGAGCUGAAAAAAUCAGAGAAGGAGAUCAGGGCCAAAGAUACAUUGCUGCAGAUAAGCUGCUAUGUGCGUGAUGUCUUUGCAGCUCAACCCACCCGGCGAUUUGUCCAUGCAUUUACCGUCUGCGGGACCAAGAUGGAGAUGUGGGUGUUUGACCGCUCAGGCCCCUACAGCUCAGGCAUCAUUGAUGUCAACACAGACCGAAGACAAUUCCUUCAGGUGUUUGUGGGCUACACCAUGAUGAGUGAUGAGGAGCUGGGACUGGACACCUUUAUUGCUAGAAAUGAAGACGGCAGCAAAUCAAUAACCAUCAAAGAGUCUGAAUCCUCAGAGGAAUUGACACUGCGGCUGAGUGAAAUGCUUACCUUUCAGCAUGCCAUUGUGUGCCGUGGGACGACAUGUUUUCUCACAGAUGAUGGAGAAGUGGAGGGUGUAGCCAAGCUCUCAUGGGUUUCAGAUAAGCGGCGCCCAGAGGUGGAACUCCUCAAGCUAGCAGCUCAAAAAAAUGUCCAAGGGAUUGCCAGGAUUAUUGGACACAGUACCAUCACCAGCAUAGCUGACAUGCGCUGCGGCCUGACCUUUGACAACAAGCACCAUGACUUCAAAAGUGCAACCUCCAGUAGAGUCUCCUCACUUCAUCAAUCUCAGCCAUCCGCUGAGCCCUGUCACUUGAAUAUUCAUCAAACAUCUUCCAGGAAAUGCAAAUAUCCAGGCAAGGGAAUGCAGGUGUCCAAACAACCACAUUUUGCCAGUCAAUCAUUGAGGACCUCUCAGCAGAACAAUGAACUUCCUUUCUCCAUUCAGUCAGUGCACACACCAAGUCUCUUUGACAGGAAUGGCAAGGAACUCUAUGACAACCGUGUUCUCCGCUGUCUGGUGAUAUCACCUGCUGGCCGGCCAAUCUACAAGUACAAAUCACCCUUGGAGCUACUCAUGGCACUUCGUGAUGCAAUAAAGGCACAUCAGUCUCUUUACCUGGACGGAAACAUCCUUCAUCGAGAUAUUUCAGAGAACAAUAUAAUAAUAACCAAUCCUGAAAAGACAGAUGGUCACUCUGGCAUGCUAAUUGAUCUGGACCUUGCCAAAGAAGUUGGAAGUGAGCGAAGUGGUGCACGCUACCGGACUGGCACAAUGGAGUUCAUGGCAAUUGAAGUGCUUCUUAAUGUCGACCAUACUUACCGGCAUGAUCUUGAGUCUUUCUUCUAUGUGCUUAUCUGGCAGUGUGCCCGUAACAGCUGGAGAAAACUAAAUGAGCUACAGAGACAGAGACAGAGACAGCCACAAAACAGCAGACUGAGAGAAUGGUAUACUGGAACUUAUACAAAUAUUGCAAGAAUCAAGGAAAGUGACAUGCAAGUUCGUGGAUUUGAAUUUGUUCUGCAGGAGUUUCCACUGGAAUUUGAGUGUGUCAAACAUCUCUGCAGGACCAUACGAGGCGUGCUGUUUCCUUAUGGGAAGGAAGGAAUUAUUGUUGGAACACCACAAGACCCAAAAAUACUCUAUGAUCCUAUUAUUAAGGCGUAUGAUGAUGCGAUAGCAGUGAUUGAAGCUUAA